CCACAAUCAAACACCAUACUUCAUCCAGGAAAUGGCUCAACCACCUCAAAAACGGGCGAGGCUUUCUACCACAGCAGGCGAGGAUGCGGAUAGUGAUCGCACUGACAAUGAGAAUGAAAGUGAUGAAGAUGAAGCCGAUUUUCCCGAGGUCUAUCGUCUACCAGGAGGGUUGAAGCCAGAUGUGCGCCUUCUCGUCUUUAAUCGAGAAUACCAUGUUCAUUCAGUUAUCCUGAAGCUACAUUCCAACUAUUUCAGAAAAUUCCUCGAUUCCCCUGAUAAGUCCAGCGAGCCAGCUUCUGUCAAUUUCCAAUACGAGUAUGUAACGGUGGUUGACGGCGAUGGAAUAUGGGCCCUAGAGCCUGCUAAUAAAGUAGGUGUCCCAAGAAAACGCUAGAUGUGGCUAAUUUAAGAAUAGGUCAAGGAUCCUGUUUUCACACCCGAAAGAUUGCAGCUUCUCGAAAAUCGAGGCAUCUCAAUUAGUCUGGAAAGGUUCAAUUUUGAGAAUCUCAUCUCUGCCAUGUAUAACCGGCCAUACGAGCUAAAUUCAUCAUGGGAUGUUAUCGACUUAACCUGCAUAGCUGAUUUUUGUUGCGCGCUCCCCAUCGUAUCAGCGACUUUGAGCGGACAGCUGGUGGAGAGUGAUUUCAUCAUUGGGCCCGUCAAUGAGGAACAUAUAUCAGGAGAUUCAGUAUCACUUAUCUUUGCAGCCCGAAAACUCCGCCAUAAACGAUUGUUUCACGAAUGCUUGAUUCACAUCGUCAGCCAAUUCUCAAAGAUAGAAUCCAAGGUUCGAGAUGGCCUUGACGAUUUACAAAAAGACAAAGAGAUUUACGCCCUCGUGUUGAAACAUUAUAUGCAACUAUGUAAGAAGAUCAUGAAGGCAGAGUACGAACAAAUUCGUUUCAUGCAGACCACUCAGCACAAAUGGAAGCCCUCGCCAGCUGCUCAGCAAGUUAUGAGCCCCAAGCCUGAGACCAACGCAGCGUAUUAUCGCGAGAUCCAGAAACAGUUACGAGCUGAGGAAAACAAGCAUGGAGAAUGUGCCAAGAGCUUCAAGCUAGCCGUCGACGACUUGCUAGAGAACCAAUUGUGGCUGGGGAUCUCCGGGAUUGAACCUGGUUGCGGCGCUUACAAGCGAAGAUUUUUAUCUUGCGAUGCGGAACAUAUAGAAUACCCGUGGGAUGAGGAUGAGGUUGAUUGGUGAAAAUGUUAUGACUUUGGGAUGAAGUCCUGGCGGAGAUUGUUUUCCUCUUCUGUCGGCAUCUGUGGGAGCAAAUACAUUUCCAGGCCAGUAUAGGCGCGCAGCAAAGAUUUCGCUUAUUGGGGGGACUUUCUUUUUGUACCACACCAAGAUCUUCAGUCACGUUCUUGGCAUUCGUCCAAGGGCGUUGAUACUGACUAGGAGAUAUUAGAGGAGUCGGAUACGCAAAGCUGUGUUAGGCCUGGAAGAUUGCAUUUCCUUGAUCUGUGAUCGCGGGAAUGAAUAUUGUUGGGCUAUUUGAACACAGGGAAAUAAGGAAAUCAGCGAAAGUGUACAUUAG